UCGCUGCAAUUGCAGCGUCUGGAUUCUAGGGUUUCUCUGCCUACAAUAGCAGAGCAAACCUACCAUAAUUAUUCCUCAUUUUUCGUCAUAAAUUUCCUUUUUUCUCCGUUCUUUCAAAUUUUCUCACUUCCCGAAGUUCUUCUGUCCUUCAUACCUGAUUUUUGCCUCUCAUGUGAAACUUAUCAAUUUCCAUAUCCUUUUCGUCGACUUCAAUUUCUGCUAGCUACACAUGAAGCUUCUUAAGUCUGAGGAAACCGCCUCUGAGGCUUGCGACUUUCCGGAGGAAACCCAAGAAGACAAACCCUCGGGUUCUUCUGUGGUUGAAGGCAAUGACCGUGGUCUUGAUAAUGGUGAUGCGGUUCUCGAUGUCUUUGGGAAAACCGUGGAGUUCCCGGUAUUAGAGAACGCUGAAGACUCUGUGGAGGGCUUGUAUUUUUAUAAGAAUGUUUACAAUUUGAUCCCCAAGUCUCUGGGAGGUCUUGCUCGGUUGAAGACAUUGAAGUUCUUUGGGAAUGAGAUCAAUUUGUUUGCGCCGGAGUUCGGAAACUUGACGGGCUUGGAGUGCUUGCAGAUGAAGAUAUCUUCGCCUGGGAUUGGUGGGUUGCCAUUGCAAAAGUUGAAGGGUUUGAAGGAGCUAGAGUUGUCCAAAGUGCCUCCGCGGCCUUCUGCGUUCCCUAUAUUGACUGAGGUUGCCGGUCUUGAUUCCUUGACCAAGCUAUCCAUUUGCCACUUUUCUAUAAGAUACCUUCCUCCUGAAAUUGGCCUCUUAAAGAAACUGGAGUAUCUUGAUCUUUCAUUCAAUAAGAUGAAGACAUUGCCCUCUGAAAUCAGUUAUUUGAAUGGCUUGAUAUCUUUGAAAGUUUCCAAUAAUAAGUUGGUGGAACUACCAUCAACUAUGGCCUCUCUGUCAGGGCUUGAGAACUUGGACCUGUCAAAUAAUAGGUUGACUUCAUUGGGGCCUCUUGAGCUAGGGUCUAUGCAUAAACUUCAGAAUUUAAAUCUUCAGUUCAAUAAGCUGCGCAACAUGCUUCAGAUACCUUCAUGGAUUUGCUGUAAUAUGGAAGGAAAUGACAAAGGUGAAAGCAGUGAUGAUUUUAGCAGUUCUUCUGUAGAAAUGGAUGUCAAUGAAACUAGUUCACUAGAGAAUGAUGGACUACUUUCACAUGCACCUCGUAAUAGCUCAUCAAGCCUAUUAACCAGCUCUUCAUCCAGCAGUAGAUGUUUUGCAACCCAUAAAUCAGGUAAAAGGUGGAAGCGGCAGCGCUACUUACAGCAGAAAGCCCGACAGGAAUGCUUAAACAAUAGCAGGAAGUGGAAAGGUUUAAAUAAAUCACAGCCGAUCGAGAUGUCUGGAAUUUGUGAAUCAGAAAACAAAGGCAGUCUUGCUCUUGAAAACUGCAGAGAAGCUCCACCAGACAGUGCGGGUCUGGAUGAUGAAGCUAAAAGGAUGGUCUCAGAGGAAACUGGGAAUGAAAAUGUAAUUGAUGUUAACAAUAACGAAGUGGGUAUUGAGAAGCAGUUUUCUAAGGAUUGCUGUUCUAGUAAAAGUGAAGAUGAAAAAGAUGCGUCCCUUUGCCCCUUGGAGAAUGGACCUAGUGGGCAGGACAAUGUAUCAAGUUCAGAAUCUUUGAAGCAUAUUUCUAAAUCAAAGAGACAUUCAGAAAGAGAUCUUGAUAAUCCUAAACCAUGCAAGUCUAGAAAACCAAUUGGUGAUAGCUCAUCUUUGUCUUACAAGUAUAGUAGAUUAUCAUUUUGUGGCACUGAAGACCAUAUGCCAGAUGGCUUUUAUGAUGCUGGACGUGAUCAACCUUUUAUGUCCCUUGAGAGUUAUGAGCAAAAUCAUUGUCUUGCCUCUCGUGAAGUCAUCUUGUUGGACAGAGAAAAAGAUGAAGAACUGGAUGCCAUCACACUCUCUGCUCAGUCAUUGGUGUUUCAUUUGAAGCAGUUAAAUGAUGUUGCCAAACAUGGGAACAAAGCUGCUCUUGACAGCUUUCAGGUUGCUUCAUUUCUUGCACUCUUUGUAUCAGAUCAUUUUGGGGGCAAUGAUAGAGGUGCUAUUGUUGAAAGGACACGAAAAUCAGUUUCUGGUUCAAACUAUCACAAGCCUUUUGUCUGUACAUGCUCAACUGGAAGCAGCAGUGAUGUUAGUGCUUCUUCUAAACUAGUUGUAAACAGUGCAGAAGACAUUACUCUUACUAAUAUCUGUGAAAAAUCUCUCGAGUCCAUAAAAAGAAGACGAAGUUCUAUCAUAGUUCCCAUUGGAUCUGUGCAGUUUGGCGUGUGUAGACAUAGAGCUCUGCUUUUGAAGUAUUUAUGUGAUCGCAUGGAACCUCCCAUACCUUGUGAGCUUGUUAGGGGUUUCUUGGAUUUUUCACCACAUGCCUGGAACACCAUUGUGGUUAAUAGAGGUGAUACCCAGGUUAGAAUGUUAGUUGAUGCAUGCCGGCCACAUGACAUAAGAGAAGAGGAAGACCCUGAGUUCUUUUGCAGGUAUAUACCUCUUAGUCGAACCAAAGUUCCUAUUUCACCUGAUGGAACUCCUGGUCCUGGUUGUUCAUUUCCAUCUCUCUCUACAUGUGAUGAAUUUGAGAAGGCUUCUUCAAGUACCUUAGUUCGGUGUAAAUUUGGUUCAAUUGAGGCUGCAGCAAAGGUGCGUACUUUGGAAGUGAAGGAGAGUUCGCCAGACAAAGUAAAAAACUUUGAAUAUAAUUGUUUGGGAGAAGUGAGAAUCCUAGGUGCUCUGAAACACCCCUGUAUAGUUGAAAUGUAUGGACACCAAAUAUCUUACAAGUGGACUCUUUCGGAGGAUGGUAAACCUGAGCAUUGCUUAUUAAGGUCUGCAAUUUUUAUGGAGUACAUAGAAGGGGGCUCUUUAAGAACCUAUCUUGACAAGUUAUCAAAAGCUGGAGAAAAGCAUGUUCCAGUGGAGUUGGCUUUUUAUAUUGCCAAAGAUGUUGCGUGUGCAUUGUCAGAGCUGCACUCGAAACACAUAAUUCAUCGUGACAUAAAAAGUGAGAACAUUCUGAUUGCUUUGGAAAGAAAGAAAGAUGAUGGCACCCCUACUGUGAAGCUUUGUGAUUUUGAUAGUGCGGUGCCACUUAGAUCACCUUUGCAUAGCUGCUGUAUUGCUCAUGUGGGAACACCUCCUCCUUAUGUAUGCACUGGAACACCACGAUGGAUGGCUCCAGAGGUUAUGCGAACUAUGUAUAAAGAAAAUACUUAUGGACUGGAAGCUGAUAUCUGGUCAUUUGGAUGCUUGCUUCUGGAACUUCUCACGCUUCGUAUUCCAUAUUCUGGGCUACCUGAUUUACAAUUCCAUGACAUUUUACAGAUGGGUAAACCACCACAGUUAACUGAAGAACUGGAGGCCCUGUGUUCGCUAAACGAACCCACAAUGAUUCAAUCCAGUGAUGAGCCGGAAAAAUCAGAUACUGAAGUAGACACGAUGAAAUUCCUUGUUGAUUUGUUUCGUAAGUGUGUGGAAGAAAAUCCAGCCAAACGGCCUACAGCAAAAGAAAUCUAUGAAAUGCUUCUUGAACAAACAGGCCGUCUAAAAGUUGAAGAUGUUAGGAAGAGUUAGGUUGUCACUUGUUAGUUUGGUUGACCCCCUCUCCUUCUGGCAGAAGAUCACAGUCCCUUAGUGUUGUAUCAUUGGAACAAAGAAUCUCCAAUUUUUUCAAGAAUAAUUUUCUCCCUAUAGUGUCUGCAGUGAAUAAUAAUAUCAUUAUGUACAAUUCCAUUCCAGGAUGUUAGAUUCAGGUGGCUCUUUUCAAUCUGAUUGAGAUCUGUAAAAUUUUGUAGCUAGGUCUCUUUUCAGGCUGCCAAUGGUGAGAAGUUAAUGUAGGGUAUACUUACGCUGUCUCUGGAUCUGAUUAAUUUGUUCAAAGCCUUCCUGAUUCUGGUAGGCUUGCCUUGAAAUUUGCCUACAAAAUUCUGUUUCUGGUUUU